AGUGGAACUCGUGAAUAAUCUGGCAUUUUUUCUUUCUGCUCAUCUGAGCCACAGAGUCUCACUGUUGCUCCUGCAGUUCCACAGACAGCGCCACAGACAGACUGAGCCACAGACAGACAGCACCACAGACAGACCCGCAGACACACGGACUGAGCUCCACUGGGCUGCGGUCAUGAGCUUCUUCGGCUUCGGUCAGAGUGCGGACAUCGACAUAGUUCUGAACGACGCCGAGACGAGAAAGAAAGCGGAGCACAAGAGCGAGGACGGCAGGAAGGACAAGUAUUUCCUCUUCUUCGACGGAGAGACGGUGUCGGGGAAAGUCAACGUGACGCUCAAGUACCCCGGAAAGAGGCUGGAGCACAACGGCAUCAAGAUCGAGUUCGUGGGGCAGAUAGAGCUGUACUAUGACAGAGGAAACCACCACGAGUUUGUGUCCCUUGUGAAAGACUUGGCUCGGCCAGGGGAGCUCACGCAGUCGCAGACGUUUGACUUCGAGUUCACACAUGUGGAGAAACCCUACGAGUCAUACACCGGUCAAAACGUCAAACUACGCUACUUCCUGAGAGCGACUGUCAGCCGCAGACUUAAUGACAUCAGCAAAGAGCUGGACAUUGUGGUUCACACACUCAGCACCUACCCUGAGCUCAACUCCUCCAUCAAGAUGGAAGUGGGCAUCGAGGACUGUCUCCACAUAGAGUUUGAAUACAAUAAAUCAAAGUAUCACCUAAAAGAUGUGAUUGUGGGCAAGAUUUACUUUCUGCUGGUGAGGAUUAAGAUCAGACACAUGGAGAUUGAUAUCAUCAAGCGGGAGACAACUGGCACAGGACCCAAUGUCUACCACGAGAACGACACCAUGGCAAAGUAUGAAAUCAUGGAUGGUGCCCCAGUCAGAGGAGAGUCCAUCCCCAUCAGACUGUUUCUGGCGGGCUACGAGAUGACGCCCACCAUGAGGGACGUUAACAAGAAGUACUCUGUGCGGUACUACCUCAACCUGGUGCUCAUUGAUGAGGAGGAGAGACGCUAUUUCAAACAGCAGGAGAUCACUCUGUGGAGGAAAGGUGACAUUGUGAGGAAGAGUAUGUCUCACCAAGCGGCCAUCGCCUCGCAGCGCUUCGAGGGCUCCUCCAAUCCAGAGAAGUCUCAGGCCAAGAGCUACGAAGAGGAGGACAGCUAAACACCAGCAUGCACUUCACCCGCCGCCUAGUGAGUGUCUGAGUGAACACAGUGCAGAAGCCGUCAGCGGAGUCUGAUUGUGAAUAUCAUGUUUGCAUCAAGAUAGAAUGCACUGCAGUGUUUUUCAGAGCGUAUGUGUGUGUGUGAGAGAACGAGGUUUUGAAAUAUGUGUGUUUGUCACGGGAACAAACAGUGAGAUCCGGCUAAAGCUGUAGUUGCAAAUAAUUUCAAGUGUUUGUUUUAACCAUCUUGGGAGUACCAGCAGGGUGGAGUUUACCACAUAAAGACUUCUGUCAUUAAACACUAGACAGUUUAAAUUAACUUAAAGUGCUUACUUAAUUUUUUGGGUGUUUAUUAUACAGUUAUUGAUCGGGAUAAAUAUCACCUAUUAGAGACACUUAAAUAUAAUUUGCAGAAACUGUUUGAUACUUUUAAUUCUCGUGUGUAGGAAUGUCGAGACUGGCGGGGAGCCACCUCGAUUGUUUUUCUAACGCAAGCUUUCCUUCCCACUGCUUACUUGGCGGGAUGAUUGCGCUGUGCAGAACCUGUAGUCAAACUGAAGAUUUAUAAAAAAGAAAUUGGUAAAUAGUUGAUCUAAUAAUACAUUUCUGUAUGUCUCCUCACUAGAAUGUGAAAAAAGUAAUUAAUUUAAGAUUGUUUUCCUGCCGUGUGCUUUGCUGAGUAACAGCUCCUCUCAUUUGGUUUUAAUUAAAAAGUUCAUAGAAUUUGCUUCCUCAUAAGAAAAAAAACUAAUACCUUUUUCGUAUUUGUAUAGGAAAAUGCUUCAAUUAUUUUCAUACAUUCCAGGACUCAUCAGAAACAGUCAUGUCGAAAGAGUAUUUAUUUUUUAUUAAAAGCCCAUUGUAAUAAAUGAUGCAUCAGUUAGUUGUGGAUCAGUUUCAGGUGGAGCCAUUGCUGCUUCUAAAAAAGUGUGGCACUUGUGAGUGAUGCUGAAUCUUUUCAUCCAUCAUGGUUUCAGUUCCUGAUCACUUUUCUGAUUUGCACUAUAAUCUCAUUAUGGUUUUUUUUUGUCUUUGCUCUCUGCGCUGCUUAUGAACUGACUGGACUUGUGACAGGGUCAAGAAUAAUAGUAAAAGACAGACUUCACUUUCCCAGAGCUACACCUCAAAUCUGAUGUAGACAGUAUUAGAGCUGUGCACAGGGACAAAGCCGACACAGAUGUUGGUGAGUCCUGACUGCCUGUAGGUGAGUUAGCUUUGUGCCUAAGGGUUUAUUGCCAAAACGUUUCUGUGCAAUACCAGAGAUUGACGAGCUGCAAAGUUAAAACUGAGUUAAUUGCAAAGAUGGUUUCUAAUCAUUUAAUUUUGGAAAAGUGAAUGUAUGGGUAAGGCUGCUCAGUCAUAUUGAGAAUAACUAGUUCUAUAAACUACAUUUCAGAAAUGGACGAAUCCCAAACUGUUUUUAAAACCGUAAUAAUUCAGUUUUUCCUGCGAUUGUCAGGCAGAGAAGAUAAUGGACUUCCUGCGCCAUUACUUCCUUUUUAUUUUGUUUCCUUUUUAAAAAUAGAUUUUUCCAUUCUGAAAAACAGCAAGAGCGCAGAAGUGAAUAUUAAGUCUGAAGCACUGAAACAGAGCCCAACUCUCAGCUUGUUGUCCUUACAUUGCCCUAUAGCCUAUGGCCUUUUGCUCGAAAACCUUCUGCUGUGCACCUGCAAAAUCUAUCACUGUGUAUCAUAUUAUAUACCCAUACUUUUUCUUUUGCAAAAGGUCUGAUUUUUAGUGUGCUGUUGUGCUAAAACAUGUCCACUGUCACCAGACUGCUGUUUAAGGAACUGGUAAAAAAUGAGGAACACCAGCCUGAGGUGUUGAUCUGAGCCAACAGGAUGUUAUUAUUCAGAUGUAUGCAGCUUGACUGAGGAGGUUUUCUUUGAAAUCUUAUUGAUAGUGGUAGAAAUCACUGUCAUGUACUCCACUCUGCAUGAUCUGGUAAAACUCUAAGAGACUGUAUUAAAAAUGAUUGGGCUGGGGAGGGGAGCUGAACCUUAACUUUGACGUAUUUUUAUUUCCUUCUCUGGGUUAUCAGAGUUUUCUUUAAAAUAUUAAUUAGCCCUUUUAAAUGGCAACACCAAAUUAUUCAAAAUAACCCUAAUUUCAAUCUUAAAGAAGGAGUUGGUAAAUUCUUUCUAAAACUCGUCUUAUCUUAUUUGUUGAAAUCCUCUUCGCAUCUCGAUGACAUCCAUGGAAAAGUCGGCUUUUGGCAGUUGUCAGGCAGACUAGAUGGCUGAUAGGAAGGGGAGGGAUGUAUCUGUUGCAUAUUUUCAAUGUGUAGCCUGCUCCUCUAGGGUUAGGGUUAGCAUUAAUCUGAAAAUGCUGCAGUCAAUCUUUACAAAGUAUCAACAACACGGAGUACUUAAGGUGCUUCCCGCUGUGUUAAUACCAGUGUCACUGAAUCAGGGAACAGGAGGCAAUUACCAGUUUUAGGCAACCCAACCUGUCCUACAACUAGAAGAACAGGCUGGGUUGUGAAGAACAUGCAUUAUAUUAUACCUGAACUAAAAAUUCCUUUAUGUGACGAGCUCACCCUUUAGACAGAAAUACGAUUUAUCAAUAUCCACAUCCUUGAGGUAAUGUUUGUUGUGAUUUGGCACUAUACAAAUACAUUUGAAUUGAGUCUCCUGUUUCUCAAGAAUGACAUAUUGGUCCUACUAAACUACUGCUAAACUUCAAACUUGUAUAAAGAAGCAAAGGUUAAUAGGCAAAAGUAAUCUCAAGAACAGAGAGUACUUCCUAAGUACCUACUAAAUAACAGAAAGUUCAAACUUGAAUAGAGAGACAUGACAAACUACUAAUAUCAGUCUUUUGAAUCUAUAAAAUCAAUAAAAAGGGGGGGCCCACAAAAUUCAAAGACUCUACCUGAUCUAUCAAAAAUUGUGACCCCCUCCUUCCAGCUCUGUAACUUUCAUAUAGUCUCUAAAUUUAGCAGAAUGUAUUCUCCAUUAUUUCCCUGCCUAAUUCAGUGUACUUCAUUUUGCUGCUUGCUUCCACUGAUCCAACACUGAAAUCUGUUAAAGAAAAGCAAGAAACUUUCAAGAAACCUAAAGCAGAUCUUUUUUUUUUCUUUUAUCAAUGUGUCUUGUUAUUUUAUUUUCUGCCAGUACUGAUACAAACUUGCCGUAGCUAAACUAACCCAGAUUGUAAUAGAGACGAAAAUGAUGUUAAAAUGGAAAAGAGUAAUGAAUUGUACAGUGUACUAUAAAUGCACAAUAUAAAUUAAACCUCCUUUUUUAUUUUCUUGUCAUAUUUUAUCUUCCUGCCGAUAAUUGUUGAUUUGAAUCAUUUUACAUUCCUGUUUUACUUUGCAUUAAAAGGGAGUAUGCGAACAACA